UGUUUUUCUUCUUUCGGUUCAAAUCGGUCCAUUUUGGCAACCCUAAUCACAAGAAAAUGUUGGAAGAAUUGCGUAAGAGAAAAAACGAAUUCUCAAGCAUUUGCAACGUCUAUCAUUUGAUCAAUUUUAUGCUUUCUAUUGCUUUUCCAUUUGCUAAACUGACUCCAAAAAUUUCUGAAAUGCUUUUUGGAAUGGAAAACAGAAAUAUUGACACGAGAGAAAAUGAAAUUUUAAUUUUUCUUGUUGUUAUCGUCAUUUUCAAGUGCCGAAAAUCUUCAAGUUAUUUACAUACUUUUUCAACAAUUUAUCUUUACUCUAAAUUGGCAAAUUCGUUAUUAUUCUUUCGUGUUAAACCAAUUUAUGGUCUUUUUUAUUGUGUUUUGGUUAUUACUUUGUAUGUUUUGGUAGAUGAACCUUUACCUCCUGAUUCUGAAAAAGUUAGAUUUUUUAAUGGAGAAGAGCUUAAGAAUACACUUCAAGAAGACAAAUCAAUUGUUUGGAUUAUUGAAUUCUUCUCAACGUGGAGUCCAGAAUGUCGUUAUGUUAGGCCUGUAUUUAAUGCUUUGAGUGAAAAGUUUACUUUGCCAAACCUACGAUUUGGUAAAUUGGACGUGGGGAGAUUUCCAAAGGAAGCAGAACAUUUUAGAAUUAAUUGUAGCGCUACAAGUAGACAACUUCCUACAUUUUCUUGUUUUAAAGGAGGAAUACAAACAGAAAGAAGACCUUUAAUUGGUACAAAUGGAAAGGCUAUUCCUUUUGUUUUUACGGAGCAAAACAUAGUUUUGGCACUCGAUUUGACUAGUAUUUAUGCAGAAUGUAAAAAGAGGUUAAAAAACAGUUGA